AUGCUCGGGAGACUCCGAAUGUCUACCCAGGAAGCGCUUCAAGAAUACGAUAAUUGUGCCGCCGCGGUUUUCUCAUGUAAGAACAUCAAGAAUCCAACAGCCUGGUUCCGUGCCUCGGGCUUGAAGAAAGUCGUUGAAGAACUUGUUGCAAAACGCGGCAUGGGGGACCUGAUGCAAGAAGAAAACCCUCCAAACAAAGGCAAAGUUUUAGUUUGCGUAAUGCCAACCAAGAGUUGGGGAGAGGCACGUAUAAUACGCUCUUGGGAACCUUCGGAUCCUGAUAGCCGGUGGCACAAGAAUACUACCAUUUGGCAAGCUGCUCGAGCCACUACAGCCGCUUCCAUUUACUUCAAACCAGAAGUGCUCGGUAAUGGAAAAGAAGACCAACCUUUUAUCGACGCGGCAAUCGGAGCCAAUAACCCUGUCGAGUACCUUUUGAAAGAAGCCGUUCGCCAUUUUGGUUCUGGCAAACCUUUAGGCUGCGUGGUCAGCAUCGGCACUGGUACUCGUGAAGUGGAGAUAGCGAGUCCACCAAAGGGCCUGCUGAAAGGAUGGAUCAAUCCGUUGCCCUAUGUUGCAAGCGUGGCCAAGCUCCUCAAGACUUCAGCAACUGACCCUGAGCAUGCGCACCGAAGCAUAGCCUAUCGGGUAGAAGGUUAUCCUGGUGCAUAUUUUCGUUUCAACGUGACCAACGCCGCGGCUGUUGUUGGUCUGAGUCAAUACAAGAAAAUCCCGGAGUUGAAAUCUUUGACAGUCAAGUAUCUUUCCGAUCCAGAUAUCAUCGCAAAGAUUCGGGAAGCUGCAGAUAAGCUACGGGGGGAGGCUUUUGACCAUGGUCUUAGCCUUGGCUACGUUAGUAUGUCAUCCCUGGAUCUCCUUAAUAAUGCCUAUUUCAUGAUUGUCUCUGCUAAAACGAAACGCUCCAGCCCGAGUUGA